UUCUUUCCUAUAUCUGGGAUUAAUCUCUUAUUACACCGGUCCAGUCUAUCAAGAGCCUCCCACUGAAAUGGAACUGAAAUUUCUCAAGAUAGUCCUCCUGGUCAUUUGCUUGGCUGGUUUCGCUUGGCAGAUCUUGGAUCAUGUCCAAAAGUUUUGGGAUGCUCAGACCACGGAAUCUAGCUCUUGGGAGCCUCGAGAUCUCCUCCAAUUUCCCAUGAUGGUCUUUUGUGACUCUCGAGGCUUCACCGAUUAUCAACCCUUCACCCAAGUUCCGUACGAAUCCGUGGCAUUGAAGGCCCAAGUGAACUUGGCCGAAUUGGUUCAUGCCACAUUGACCUUUGACUUAACCGAAGAUGCCUACAUAACACAGAAUCUUCCCACAAUGAACAAUGGGAUCUGCCAGACCGUCACCUUUAAGGAAACGUACCCGGUGCGGGUUGCAUUGCAGUUCUUCACCAAUAUCACUGAUUCCUACCAAAUGUUUCUGGCCAAUCCUGGCACUGAGAUGUAUUUCAUGGAUCAGUCUAAUAUCCGACCCGUCCCAAAAAUCGAUUUAUCUCGCCCCUUGACCAUUGAGCUUUGGAUGAAUAAUUUCAUUAAACGGGACACGCUCUGUGAACCAGAUAUUGUGGAAGCCGAUCAGGUCGAGUGUGUCCGAACCGAAAUCAUACGGCGAUUGCAAGCCAGCCGAGUCCAAUGUUUGCCAUAUCCGAUGUUCCAACAAUUUCCCAUACUACCUAUUUGUAACACUAGUCAAGCUCAAACCGACAACUACUUAGAGGCUCGAAAGAUUGUUCGAAAUACGGUUUACAACUACAAAGAAAUCGGAUGCUUGAUGCCUUGUGUGGAGAAUCAAGUUAAUAUGAAUGUUGUGACUUUUGGAGAAAAAGCCAAUCUGAUUCCUAAUAAGUUUACUUUUUACGUCAUAUACCUUUACGACGGAGUCAAUGUCAAACAACAGUACCGACUUAUGGAUUUUGCCACCAUAGUGGCGGCAGUGGGCGGUUCCUUAAGCCUUUUCUUGGGGAUCUCGUGCUUUGGAGUGACCUGGAAAUUAAUCGAAUUCAUUCACAGCAAAUUUGAACGCCAUAGUGGUCCCAGGUCGCUGAAAUAAACGUUGAUUCCCUUUAGACACAAGGCGCAAUCAAAACAAUUCUGACAUCUCUAAUGAA